AUGACGGGUGGAUCGAGCCGCGCAAACAGCUGGCGCAAUGCAGUCCUUGUCACUGGCGCCACUGGGUUUGUUGGCUUCCACAGCGCGCUCGCACUGAAACGUCGGGGCGAUUUUGUGGUUGGCUUGGACGGCUACUUGCCCGAUUCCGACGCCACUCUCAGGCAGGCUCGAAAGCACGAGCUCACCAACAAGGAAGUGCCAGUGAUCAAAGGGGACGUCUGCGACAAGGAGCUGUUGCGAACGCUCUUCAAGGCAGCCGUCAUCACCAACGUUCUGCAUCUUGCGUCGCAAGCACAAUCCAAUGAGCAGCAGCAGCAGCAGCAGCAGCAGCAGCAGCAGCAGCAGCAGCAGCCCGAGGAGCUUCGCCAUGACGUUCGAUGCUUCGUUACCUUGCUUCAGGUUGUCCGCGAGUUCCAAUCAGCCUCACGUCCCAUCAGCGUUGUGUACGUUUCCGACUCGACAGGCACCGCGGAGGAAGAGCUGCCCAGCUUGAGCACGGUUUCCCGCCACGACGUUGCGCAAGUCUAUCACCAGUUCUACGGGCUGUUCCUGACUGGCAUGCGGUUCUCCAACGUGUAUGGGCCCUACGGCCAGCCGAACAUGCCCUAUUACUCGUUUACUGAGCGCAUCCUGGCCGACCAGCCAGUGGUUGUGCAAUACAACGCGAACGGCAAGGAGCCACAAUACGACUUUGCCUACGUCUCCGACGUCGUGGACGACAUUCUAAGAUGCAUUGAUUAUGAGGCCGAGUUUGAGGUGUUCAACCUGGGCAGCGGCAAGCGCGAGUCCUUGAGGAGCCUCAUCGCACAUUUGGAGCGGGGUCUCGGGCGGCACGCCAGGGUUGUCCGUGAGCAAGCGACUGAAGACGUUCUGACGCCAGAUUCUUCGGAGGACAUCCAACGGACAAGAAAGACUCUGGGCUACUCACCUCGGGUUGACUUGAGCGCUGGCAUUGCACACUUUCUGAACUGGCACAAGCAGUUUCGAAGCCAGCAAGGCGGGCCUGCGCCGAUGGUCUGA